UGCACCGAGUGUGUGCUCCUGGCCUCCAUGGCCUACGACCGCUACGUGGCCGUCUGCCACCCCCUGCGCUACCAGGUCAUCAUGACCACGGGGCUCUGCGUGCAGCUGGUGGCCUUCUCCGUGGUGAGCGGCUUCGGCGUCUCCGUGAUCAAGGUCUACUUCAUCUCCAGCGCCAAGUUCUGCGGCUCCAACGUUUUGAACCACUUCUUCUGUGACAUUUCCCCCAUCCUCAAACUGGCCUGCACCGACUUCUCCACAGCCGAGCUGGUGGACUUCGUCCUGGCCUUCAUCAUCUUGGUCUUCCCGCUGCUGGCCACGGUGCUGUCCUAUGCACACAUCACGCUGGCCGUGCUGCGCAUCCCUGCGGGCACCGGCCGCUGGAGGGCCUUCUCCACCUGCGCCUCCCACCUCACUGUGGUCACCAUCUUCUACACGGCCUUGCUGUUUAUGUAUGUCCGGCCCCAGGCCAUCGAUACGCGCAGUUCUAACAAGCUCAUCUCUGUUUUGUACACUGUUCUCACCCCCAUCGUGAACCCGCUCAUCUACUGCCUGAGGAACAAAGAAUUUAAGGACGCCUUGAAGAAGGUAUUGGGCUUCAAUCGAGCUUCACUCUAG